CAAGCAAGGUGAGUCGUGCAGUCAAAAAAUAAAACAGGUAUGGAUGUUUUUUGUUAAGCUUGCUUCCCCUGGUCUUCAAAUUUUUCUUCACACAGGGUACUGUAAAGGUUUUUUCUAGUUCCGAAAAAGACAGAGUUUUGGUAAGUAAUUUAUUCAAGUUUGUUCAUUGUACUGACGACCAUUCACUGUCAUUAAAACUUGGCCGUUGAUGACUCAGUGAAAAAGUUAAAUCGACGUUAUGACGAAAACUGUUCUAAAAUAUACCCGAUCUUAAAACUUGUAUUUAACUUUACAUAAGGCAAAGACAGCGUAGUGAAGAAAGAGUGUCUAGGAUAAUCCGCUAAAUAGUCUCAAAAAUCAUUCCGAUUUGCCGAAGGCACGCGACAAUGAGAUAAAAAAUAACUUGGGAAUGUCUACUGGCGAAUAAAGUUUUGGGAAAACUGAAAAGUCGAUAGUGUUUCUCUCAGUGAAGCGGGGUGAAUAUGGACAAGAAUUAAUGAGAACACAAUCCUUACUACAUGCAAGCAGUGUUUUAACCCCGGGUGGUUUACAUACCACACAUACAUAUACGCUUCCGCAUUUCUAAUGAACGACAAUCGACUGAUUAUUGACUAAGCAUAGGAAUUUUUAAAACCUAUCGAUCGCUUUAGUUUGCUGCUAAAAUCAUGAUGGCAUACUGAGGAGAAGAUAGCUUUGAUUUUACGUCGGCUUCUGCAGUUAAGGAACAUUUGUUACACGGAUUGCAGAAGUCAGGCUUCAAUAGACAUAAAUAAGCAAGCAUGUUUCACGCGCAAGCAAAUGCCAGCAAUCCAAAAUUCAAUCGGAAUAACCUUAGUGAGUUCCUGGUGACUCAGCAGCUUCCCUGUCGAGCCUCCAUAGGCCUUAUCCCGGUUUUGGAAGCCAUCUUGACGAGUAGGCAACCGAAUGAGAAAUUACAGUGUUUGUAUGAGAAUCAAAUGUCGGAAUAAUUUCUCUAAAACGGCUGUUCUAAAAAGAAUACGAAGUGUGAACUAAAGUUCCACUUCUAACGAUUCUACUGAAAAAAAAUUGAGGGUGUUACAUGCAGCUACAUGUGCUAGAACCCCUUUUUAAAAUUUUCUAUACAUUUGUCGGUAAAAAUUUCUCUUCCUGACGACUAAAAUUUCCCGGGAAAAAUUGCAGGCAUAUAUAUAGAAAAUCUAAAGCAAAAAAAGCUGGAGAAAUUUAAGCACAGUUACCGCCCCCCAAAAUUUGUUAGUAAAAUCCCUUGCUGUGUAGCUUUAGUUUAGGAGGGGGUGUCCCAGCCCCCCACACCCCAAUAGAACUUGCUUGCGGGUUUAUUCCCACUCGCUUGUGUCUACCGUAUCUAAUACAAAACUCAGAGUAUCAGUGAGGCUCGUACUUCUUUAGUAGCCUUAAAUCCCCUUCCCCUUCCCUUUCAUACUUAGAAACUCUUUGCAACAGAAUCUUUUUGAACAAGCAGCUCUGGUGAGCCAGAUCCUGUCGCCAGUGCAACAUCCCUGUGGUCCGUCUCUUGUACGCGACCAACUCCCGUAAGCGAUGCAAAAAAGUGUUAGUAUUUCGGAUGGUCGCUUAAGGAAAGCUCGACUGUAUUCCACAACAGAGACUAUCAUUCUACCAUUUCACUCACCAAUGCACAAUUUCCCUAUUUUUCCAGAGCCCAGGAUCAAGACAGCUAUGAAGUCUCGGACGAUUUUGUCACUUUUUCUUGGAAUCAGCCUUAUAUCCAACAUCGUUGCUGAGGUACGUCAUUCCUUUGAUUCCCGCUAAGAGUGGGGACUCAUGGGUGUUAAACAGACGUGCCUUUGUGUUCAGAACCCCGAGCAUUGUUUUUGCCGUGAUGUUUCUCAAAGGAAACUCGGAUGACUACCUUUGACGAAAUCUAAAUUUAUCUUUUUAAUUUUAUUAAAAGGAGAUUAAAAGGCGGCGAUCGGGAUCGUUCAAGUCUUCCAUCUAUAAGUACGUUCUGAGCCAUCGCGCUUAAUACAGCCUGCGUGAGGACGACUCCUAUUCCAUUGCUGCGAUGCGUGCAGCAAUGGAAUAAUGAAAUAGGAGUCGUCUGCACGCAGGCUAAGAAGUAAAUUGAAAAUUUAGACCCCGUCCCCCUCCCUCCCCCCAAUCAAGGAUGCGAAAAUAACGCGUUUUGUUCUUUGUUCGGCUUCAUUGAUUUCGGGGGGAUAGGAAGUUUGCUAUUCCAUUUUAUUCUGCCCAAGAUUGAAACUUAGUGACAAUGGCGACGUUUUUUCGGCUGCUGUCAUUUCAGUUCCAAACCAAACCCUUAUGUAUGCCCCUACUAAAAUAGAUGACUAUAAAACAUGGCGCGAUUAAGGCUAUUUUUAGAUUGUACCGCAUACCUUUUUCGCCGGCACGAAAACCAUACCGAAUAGGUCAGAGGAUGGGGCUUUUGUUUACACAUAAUGGACCGUGAUUUCGGCGCGAUUUUCUGUAACGGUGCGAAGUUGCGCCUGGCCGAUAUCUAAAGUGGAGAGUCACAUAUCGGAUAGAAGUUCAUAAAAUACCGGAUAACUUUUUGUGUCGGCACGAAACGUUAUCCCGUAUAGUGUGAACAAAGCCUCAGACUUUGCAAUUUUAAAAUCAAUCUGGAUGGCAAUUAUUUUCUUGCUACUGGUUAUAAAUUAAAUGCAUAGGUACUAACAUUUUUAAAAAUGACGCAUGUGGGUCUGUAUCUCUUCUUAGCCUGACGUACCCGCCAUCAGAGAAGGCAUUGCUGCCAGGGCAGAGCUACAAGUUGGCUGCGCCUACUGGUCGAAUGCUGCUUACAGCGGCAGUGGACGGAACACGAACAAGAACAAUUAUUUUGUUUAUGACAUUGGCAACUUAGCCGGCGUCAAAAUGCCAGAGGUUUCGGAGGGGGUCCCCAUAGGGGCGGGCGUGGGAGGGUGGGGUACCUUAAGUACGCUGAAAAAUUGGACACUCGUAAACGCCCCUCAGCGUGGAGACAUAGUGGCAGCUCGUGACCCGAUUGACAACACUUAUCAUGUAGGGAUUUUUAUUAGCGCUGGCACUACAAUAUCAACUAAUCCACAACAUAUUAGAAGAAGUAAUUGGCCAUUUGGUACCGGAAGCGAAGAAGGAGAGGAUAUUCGCUACUGGAAUUACUGUGGCCUGGAAGAGAACUGUCCGUGA